AUGGAAAAGCCAACGCCCACGGCGUCGUCCUCUGAGGAGCCCGGCGACGGCGCUCGGCCGCUCGCGGGACUAGAUGCGGCACGGGCCGAGGAUGCGGCGCCCGGUUUUGGCGCGGCGCCUGAUGGCGGUGCAGAGGCUUGGCUAGCAGUUCUUGGCGGGUUCUGCACCGUGUUUGCCAGUUUUGGCUGGAUUAAUUGCAUUGGCAUAUUCCAAGACUACUACAAGACCAACCUGCUCAAGGCGUACUCGCCGAGUACAGUAGCAUGGAUCCCCUCGACAGAGUCUUUUAUGCUCUUCUUCUGGGGCCCGCUGGUGGGCAAAAUGACGGAUGAGCUUGGCCCUCGCAUUCCCAUCCUGAUUGGCUCCUUGCUGCACAUCUUUGGUCUCAUGAUGACGUCCAUCUCGACCGAGUACUACCAAAUCUUCCUCGCCCAGAGCGUGUGCAGUGCCAUGGGGUGUUCAUUUCUCUUCUACGCGCCCAUUGCCGCGCUCGGGACCUGGUUUGCCCGCCACCGCGCGCUCGCGUUUGGCAUCAUCACGGCCGGGUCCAGCAUUGGCGGCGUGGUGCUGCCCAUCAUGGUCAACCACCUGGUCGUCCGCGUCGGCUUCGGCUGGGCGAUGCGGUGCACCGCCUUUCUGCUGCUCGCGCUGCUCGUCGUCGGCAACCUGACCAUCAAGUCGCGGCUGCCGCCGCUGCGUCGCAAGUUCAGCAUGAGUGACUUUCUAUCGCCCUUUUCCGAAAGGCCGUUUCUGCUCCUGAGCAUCGGCGGCUUCAUCAUCUACCUCGGUGGCUUUCUGCCGUUCAACUUUAUCAUCACGCAGGCCAAGGCGGAGGGCAUGUCGCCGCAGCUAGCCAUGUACAUGGUGUCGAUUAUCAAUGCGGCCUCAACCUUUGGUCGUAUCCUGCCGGCCCAUUUCGGCGACAAGUACGGCGUCUUCAACGUCAUGAUCCUCUUCAGCGCGCUCAGCGCCGUCUUUACGCUCGCCGUAUGGCUGCCGGCGCGGAGCAACGCGGCGCUCAUCGCCUUUGCCGUGCUGUACGGCUUCACGUCGGGCUGCAUGCUCUCCAUCAUCCCGGCCAUGGUGGCGUCCAUCUCCCCCGACAUGACCAAGCUGGGGUCCCGGAACGGGUCGCUGUACGCGUGCGCCGCCGUUGGCGUGCUCUUUGGCAAUCCGAUUGCGGGCGCCCUCGUGAACCAGCAGCACGGCGCGUACUCGGGCUUGAUAUUGUUUUGCGGGAUAGCACUGCUGGUAGGGACUGUGUUUGUUGUGCUGGCGAGGCAUGCGUUGGUUGGGUUGAGGGUGCGCGCCAAGGUGUGA